AUGGGGCCAUCGUCGGCUGUGGGUAGAGGGGGGUGCAGCAGGGGGCAACCAGACAAGGGCAGAAGGGCGAGGUUGCAGUCUUCAGGGGCAGCGCUUGGCCACUUGAGGACUGGGCACCAGGCGCCUGACGCCCUGGCUGGGGGCUUGGCGGACGCUGGCCGGUGGAUGCUGGUGGGCACGGGGCUAGCCGACGGGGUGAGGUUGGCCCAACAGGCUUUGGCCGCUGCAUUAUGUAUGAACAUUUAUGUAGUAGGGCUGAAUCAGCCAUUCGACAUUGAGAUUGACAAGGUCAAUAAGCUAACUCUCCCAUCGGCGUCCGGAGAGUUUUCAGUGCCAACUGCAGUGUUAUUAGUAAUGUCAUUUUUUGUCAUGAGCAUUAGCAUCGGGGUAAGAUCGAAGUCUGCUCCAUUGAUGUGUGCUUUACUUGUUAGCUUCCUUCUUGGAAGUGCAUAUUCCAUUGAUGUUCCAUUACUCCGGUGGAAGCAAAAUGCCUUUCUAGCUGCAUUUUGCAUAAUCUUUGUGAUGGCUGUAUUGGUUCAGUUAGCAUUCUUUGCACACAUGCAGCAACAUGUCCUGAAGAGGCCCUUGGCACCAACAAGGUCGGUGGUCUUUGCAACAUGUUUUAUGUGUUGCUUCUCUGCAGUAAUAGCGCUAUUCAAGGAUAUUCCUGAUGUUGAUGGAGAUAGAUAUUUCGGCAUUCAGUCCAUGACUGUAAGGUUAGGCCAACAGAGAGUGUAUAGGCUCUGCAUUAAUAUUCUCAUGACAGCAUACGCAGCUGCUAUUUUGGUAGGAGCAUCAUCUACAAACCUAUAUCAGAAGAUUGUCAUUGUGACUGGUCAUGGCUUGCUUGCCUCCACACUUUGGCAAAGGGCACAACAAUUUGACAUUGCGAAUAAAGAAUGCAUCACACCGUUUUAUAUGUUCAUUUGGAAGUUAUUCUACGCCGAGUAUUUUCUUAUACCAUUUGUAUGA